AGCAUUACGUCACAGGGAUGACAAACGUCCCACAAUGCAAUGUCAAAUUAACCCUCGCUAACCUGAAUUACAUGAAACACUGGGAGUGAAUAACUUGAAAUGUUUCGAUUAACUUGACCUGAAAUUUCAAAGAGCUGCUUUUACUAGUGUUCGUUCUUUCGGUGGUGUCUGUUAGAUGCUGGCUUCUUGUUUGUAGUGUUCAUUCAUCCAGCCAGCAUUUUGCUCUUGGAUUAGCAUCUCUGUCUAGGAUGGAUUCAGAUUAUGAACAUCGCCUCCUCCGCCAAAUCAACAUUCAGAAUGACAACUUGAGCCCUGUAAAAAUGACACAGACCCUGCACAGUCAGUCACCCAAUGGUUACCUUUUAUCUUCAUCCGGUAAGAUGGGAGAUAGAUUCAUCCCAACCAGAGCAGGAGCCAACUGGAAUAUCAACUUUCAUAGAAUCAAUGAAAAUAAAAAAUCCCCAAAUCAGAACAGAAAAACUAAGGAUGCCACUUCUGAUAAUGGCAAAGCAGAUGGGUUGGCCUACUCUGCUUUGCUGAAGAAUGAGUUGUUGGGAGCAGGAAUAGAAAAGAUCUUGGACCCUCAGACAGAGGAUAGACGUCUACAGCCAUCAACACCAGAAAAGGAGAGUCUUUUCAGUUACUCACUCCAUACAAAAAGGUCAUCACCAGAUAAUGGCACCAACAUCUCUCCCUAUUCUCUAUCGCCCGUUUCCAACAAAAGUCAGAAACUACUGCGUUCACCAAGGAAGCCAAGUCGCAAAAUAUCCAAGAUUCCUUUUAAAGUCCUGGAUGCUCCUGAGCUGCAGGAUGACUUUUAUCUCAAUUUGGUUGACUGGUCAUCCCUCAAUGUGCUCAGUGUUGGCCUGGGCACAUGUGUUUACCUGUGGAGUGCCUGUACAAGUCAGGUAACAAGACUCUGUGAUUUGUCUGUGGAGGGAGACUCGGUCACAUCAGUUGGAUGGUCUGAAAGAGGUAACUUGGUGGCAGUGGGGACUCACAAAGGCUACAUUCAGAUCUGGGAUGCUGGUGCUGGGAAGAAACUCUUUGCCCUAGAAGGACACACAGCCAGAGUUGGAGCUCUGGCUUGGAAUGCAGACCAGUUGUCCUCUGGAAGCCGUGAUCGUCUGAUUCUUCAAAGAGAUGUGCGGACACCUCCCCUGCAGUCAGAGAGACGGUUACAGGGACACAGACAGGAAGUAUGUGGCUUGAAAUGGAGCACUGACCAUCAGCUGCUUGCUUCUGGUGGCAACGACAACAAGUUACUUGUUUGGAAUUACUCAUCGCUGAGCCCAGUGCAGACGUACAUGGAUCACCUGGCUGCAGUAAAAGCCAUUGCCUGGUCCCCACACCAGCAUGGCCUGCUGGCAUCUGGGGGCGGCACUGCUGAUCGCUGUAUUCGAUUUUGGAACACCCUGACCUCACAGCCACUGCAAUGUAUGGACACAGGCUCACAAGUCUGCAAUCUGGCCUGGUCCAAGCAUGCUAAUGAGCUGGUGAGCACACAUGGCUAUUCUCAGAACCAGAUCUUGGUCUGGAAAUAUCCAGCUCUCACACAGGUGGCCAAACUGACGGGACACUCCUAUAGAGUCCUCUACCUGGCUAUGUCUCCGGAUGGUGAGGCGAUCGUCACAGGAGCUGGAGAUGAGACACUGCGCUUCUGGAAUGUAUUCAGUAAAACGAGGUCAACAAAGGAAUCUGUAUCAGUUUUAAACCUCUUUACCAGGAUACGGUAGCUUGAAGCACAUAAAAAGGAGAAGGAAAAAGUACAACUACAGUGGAGUUCUCAUCAAUAUGGUGCUAUGGACAUAUUGUAAAAUCUAAAUCAUCUCCACACAUUUAGUAACUGAAGACAUGGCAGUGAGAGCAAAUAAGCAAGUUUUUUUGUUUUUUGGCAAAACAUCUUUUGAGGUGUGAUAUUGGAAUUUGUCUGCUCUUAUGAUGAAUGUAUAUCUUUUACUUUUUAAAAAAUGUACUGGAUUUCCAUUUGUUUUGCAUUUUUGUGCUCACAAAUGCAGUCAUUAAGCCUUACCUAGACAUAUUAUGAUACAUUUCAUUGUGGGAUAUGAAAUGUAUAGAGAGCAUUUUAACAUUUGUUAAACUCAGGUCUUAUUUAUUCGGCAUUCUUGCUACAUAAGGAAACAUUGAGAGAUUAAGUAGAAAAAUUGUGUUGUCAUCUGUUACGGCUUUCUUCUCUCGAGUUCCAGAAAAAAAUGCUAUUACAUGUGAUGACAUGAACUUAAUCACUUCCUAAGGCUUCUACAGUAUAUGCACCAUAUUCACUGUAGUCACAGGAAGAUUUAAGGCAAAAGAGUGGCUGGUUAAAGAAAAGUGUGUCAACAGAAAGUCUAAUGCUGUGCAUCUAGACAUCAACUUCAAGGCUGAUUCUUUGUAGUGACAGAAGCAAUAAAAGAUGUUCAACUGAC